UGACAUCUCCAAACCUCAUCCACCCCCCAGCCUCCCCCCCUUUAAUAUUGGGCUUGUGGAUGAGGCAUCCUGAGGGAGAAAAAAGUAGGGAGAGAGAAAGAUAUCUACCUUAGGGAAGAACCUCACAGAGAGGGAGGGUAGGAGAGGACGGGUAUGAGCGUGUGCAUGUGUGGAAGAGACACUUAUUCUCUUAACUACUAGGAGACAGACACACUUUCCUGGCCCGACUCAAAGAAGGGGGGAAACAGAGGAGAAGAUUUUUCAAAUAUCAUUUUAAUUUUCCCCUCAUUGAAGAAUCAAACUGCCCUGAAGCAUCUCUUCCUGGAAACUCUUCAUCACUGCCGGCUGGAAGUUCUAUCUAUUGAUCCAUCUGCCCUCUCACACACUCCAAGGCGUACCUCAUGGAUUUGUAUCUGAUUGGAUAUUUGGUGUGUGUGUGGUUGUCCAGCUCGCGGGUGCUUGGCGGCUAUCCCAUCUGGUGGUCCCUGGCCUUGGGGCAGCAGUACUCCUCGUUGGGCUCCCAACCCAUCCUGUGUGGUUCAAUUCCAGGUCUGGUGCCCAAGCAGCUACGAUUCUGCCGCAACUACAUCGAGAUCAUGCCAAGUGUAGCUGAGGGGGUCAAGCUCGGGAUCCAGGAAUGCCAGCACCAGUUCAGAGGCCGGCGAUGGAAUUGUACCACCAUCAAGGACAACUUGGCCAUUUUUGGUCCUGUGCUAGACAAAGCCACCAGAGAGUCGGCGUUUGUCCACGCCAUAGCCUCUGCGGGCGUUGCGUUUGCAGUGACGCGCUCCUGCGCUGAGGGCACCUCCACCAUGUGUGGCUGCGACUCCCAUCACAAGGGGCCUCCAGGUGAAGGCUGGAAGUGGGGCGGUUGCAGUGAGGACGCAGAGUUCGGAGUGCUGGUGUCCAGGGAGUUUGCGGACGCCAGAGAGAACCGCCCAGACGCUCGGUCUGCCAUGAACCGGCACAACAACGAGGCAGGACGAACGACGAUCCUCGAUCACAUGCACCUGCGCUGCAAGUGUCACGGCCUCUCUGGAAGCUGCGAGGUAAAGACAUGCUGGUGGGCGCAGCCGGACUUCCGGAUGCUGGGCGACUACCUAAAGGACAAAUACGACAGCGCCUCAGAGAUGGUGGUGGAGAAGCACCGCGAGUCGCGGGGCUGGGUGGAGACCCUGCGGGUCAAGUACGCCUUCUACAAGCACCCCACCGAGCGUGACCUCGUCUACUACGAGGGCUCGCCCAACUUCUGCGAGCCCAACCCGGAGACGGGCUCGUUUGGGACUCGAGACCGGGUCUGCAACGUGUCGUCGCACGGCAUCGAGGGCUGCGACCUUUUGUGCUGCGGCCGCGGACACAACACCCGGACUGAGAAGCGCAAAGAGAAGUGCCACUGCAUCUUCCACUGGUGCUGCUACGUCAGCUGUCAGGAGUGUGUGCGCGUCUACGACGUGCACACAUGCAAAUGAAUGAAAAGCUUGUGCUUUUUGAAAAACUGACUGUUGGACCUUCAACCCCCUUCCAUUCCCGCCCCCCACUCAGUAACCCGUUCACCAGCUCACUCUGAGGCCCGGCUGGAUAACUGCACCUGAAGUGGACCUCUGCAUCCCAACCGUCAGCAGCCACAGCAUCCCACUUGAGUCCAGUGGUGCCUCAUUCCUGCCCCUCCCCAUCCUCGUGUCCUUAUUUAUUUCCCCCCCUCCAUAGUAAAACUUCUCACCCAUGAGAUUGACGCAGUAAAACAAUCUCUUUGCCCACAAAUAACAGCUCCAUUUCUUGUCUUUUUCCCCCUAAACCAACCUCUUUUUCAUCACUUAGUGAUCCUGAACGCGCCCCGUAAGAAGCCGCCACUUUGUAACUACUGAACUGCAGCAGCAGGCAGGAAAUGCUGGAAAUGCCUCCUGUAGACUACUGAUCAAAUCCUCUCUGCUGUCGGGAAGAUAAAUGCUACACUUUGAUUCUCAAAGCCUCCAAAUCUGAAUUUUUACAAUUGGGCUGGGACUGGAGGUAUACGGGGGGGCAAUCCACUAACAAUCCAACACACCUAUAUGUAUGCACUAUGCAGGCAACUGAGAGCUGUAGGCGUCUCAGCGCUGUAGCAGAUUCUCCCUAAAUGCUUCCAGUUAUAGUCAACGACAUCUUUGCUCAAUCAAAAAUCCAUCAUUGUAUGAUUUAGAAGAUCAUGUUUCAUUUAUGCAGCAUACCUCUGUUAAAGCUUUUAGCAUGCUCACUAUUAACCUUCAGGUUCAUCUCAGAGACUUCUGUCUAAAAAUAAGCUUUUAUUUUGAAAAAAAAAGAAAGAACUGAACAUGUAGAGAUCACGGAGCGUUCUGAUUGGCUGCUUUCCGACUCAAGUAUUUCAGAAGUCGAAUUUAUGAACUUGGAUUCUGGUCGGUGUACCCCAAAGCACAAACGCUUGUUUUUGGAAGAACACACUGCCAAGGAAUCCAGAAAUCUUAGCUCAGGCAUGAAUGUCGGCUCAAGGGCUGAAUGGAGACGACCUCCAGUUCUUGCAGAUUUAUGUCUGAGACUAUUAAGCUGAGGACUUUUGGGAUCUUUGAGUGGAAGAUGGGGAUACACAUGGCAAAGGGGAAGGGAAAAUGAACGGCUGGAUGGACGGACGAGGAGAAACCGUACGAGGGUGGAGGGAAGCGUGAGAAGUUUCCAUACACGUCCUAGUCGCUGCCCAUUGAUUUUAUCCAUCAAUAAAAUGACCAUUGCUUAGCUUAUGUGUCCCCUUCUGCUCAGACCCACCACCCCAAUCCACUGGGGCCUACCAUUCAAUGUCAAGCCCCCCCAUUCCUGUUCUGCUCAUUCACAUUUCCUGCUAUAUCCAAAGGUUUGUACAAAUGUUUUAAAGUGAAUAAUUCCCUUUUUAUUUUAUAAUCGUAAAUGUUAUGUUUUUAUAAAUAUUAUUUAUUAUACAGUGUAUAUAUCUGUAUGACUGAACUAAGAUUAUAUAUUUGAAGAACAAAACUGGUCUCCUGUCUUCUAAGUGUGUCUGCAGUGACUGUAGAAAAUACUGGAAACAUUCUGAGGAAAAAGAAGAGUGUUUCAGGGCUUCUGGGGUCUUUUAAAUGUGUUUUACAUCCACGGUCUUUAAAGCAGAUCCAUUUCAAUCAAAACAUCUCCUUAAAGCGUCCAGAAAAUGAAAAUGUACUUGAGUGUGAUGGUCAUGCUGGUCAAGGGGAACAUUUCUGGAUUUGUUUUAGGCUGUUUUAGGCCAGUGACCUUACCUGGAAACUAUUAUAAUGCACCGUUGGCAAAAAAAAAAAAAUAAAUAAAUAAAUAAAAAAAUUAUUAAAAAAAGUGACAGGGAGGCCCCUAAAGAGAUAAUAUUUUUCAACCAGAACACAUAAAUUGGGAAGGAAAGCCCUAAUUUGAUGCCCCAAUGGACUGGCGAACUAUCUAGCAUGUACCCUUCCAUAGAUCAACAUUAGCUAAUUGAGGAAAGAUUUUUGUUUUGCAAGAUAAACAAUCUUAUUAAGAAAGUUUUUCA